CACAGCUUCUCUGCGCCCCAACAUCAACACUCUCGGACUUUGCGACUCCUUGUCUAUUGCAAAAGAAGCACGAUUAAAUAAUGGAUACCACCAUGGAGGAGAUUGUGGCGCCAUCGAAUUCUCCCGGCCAAGUUCAGGUGUAUUUCACGACGAAUUCCGAGGAUAUAGAACUGCCAGAAGAAAAAAGACAAUUGCGCGUGCCUACUGGUAUGUAGGAGAUUAGGAUUGAUGAGCCCGAUUAAUGCGCCUGUGCUAAUAGAAACUCCAGAUGUCCGCCGAUAUGGCCUCUCUCAAAUCCUCAAUUCAGAGUCGAUGCUGGACACUUCCUCUCCCAUUCCCUUCGAUUUUCUGAUCAAUGGUACCUUCCUCCGCACCACGAUCGACGAAUACUUGGUCGCAAACGGUCUAUCCGCAGAGACGACUUUGAACUUGCAAUACGUGCGCAGUUUGAUCCCGCCGCUAUACGAGGCCAGCUUUGAGCAUGACGAUUGGGUUAGUUGUGUAGAUGUACUCUCUGGGAGCUCUGCUGCUGGAACCUGGAAUGGCCAGCAAAUAACUCCUGGGCAAGAACGUAUUCUCUCCGGAUCUUACGAUGGGUUGUUGCGAAUCUGGAAUAAAUCAGGGCAGACGAUUGCGACUUCGACGUCGUCGAGCGCAGGUGGGCAUACUUCUAGCAUCAAAUCCGCCAGGUUCAUAUCUCCCACCCAAAUUGCAUCCGCAGGCCUAGACCGUACAAUCAGAAUAUGGAAAUAUGCGGAAGCACAGGAUGGGUUCUCGGGCGACCUCAAGCCAACUUUGGAAUUUUAUGGUCAUACUGGCGCAAUCGACUCUAUUGAUGUGCAUGGCCCCUCUGAUCGUAUUCUCUCGGCCUCGAUCGAUGGCACCGUUGGUCUCUGGACGACACAGAAGUCUUCUGCACCCGCCGCGUCAUCUUCUCUGCUCACAUCUGGUCCUCUGGCAAAACGGAGGAAGCUUACGACUUCAACUUCUACCCCGCAGCGAGGUCCUCUUUCCCUUAUCUCUUCCCAUACCGCACCCGUCACCGCAGCAAUAUUCAAUCCUAGCGACUCAACUGUAGCCUACUCAGCUUCCCAAGACCACACGAUAAAAACUCUUGAUCUUACAACGCUGGAAGUUGUAGAUACGCGCACGACAUCUCAUCCACUUCUAUCCCUGGCCGCUCUACCGGGUAUAACGUCACAGUUACUAGCUGCAGGGACUAGUGCACGACAUAUCACCCUUCUCGAUCCCCGUAUCUCUGCUUCCUCCACUCAGGUGAUGACUUUACGUGGCCAUACAAACAAAAUUGUCUCGUUGUCGCCAGACCCAGAAAGUAAUUAUGGCUUGAUAUCCGGAAGUCACGACGGCACGUGCAGAGUUUGGGAUCUGAGAAGCUCUAGACAAGGGACGAAAGAUGAGGGCAAUGGGCUUGUCGGAGAAGCUGUGUACGUUGUAGAAAGAGACAGUCAAAAAGGAGGCGCAAAGCGUCCUGUUGGCGGAGAAGGCAUCAAAGUUUUCGGCGUGACUUGGGAUAAAGACGUUGGUAUUGUCAGUGCCGGAGAAGAUAAAAUGGUGCAGGUUAAUAGAGGCAGAGGCGUCACAAGAACGGAAUCUUUAUGAGUAAAGGACUAAUACUAAAACCAUUUGAUACCCGGAUCAUCAGAAUCUCCGCAAAAUCCUUGUACAGUGUACUUACCACUACUCUUUUCUUGCGGCCGUAGGGCUCAAAGGACCAGAAAUCUCGAAGUGAAAUGGAGGCACAUUAGCCUUGUAUAUCUGUUGGAAUAAGCAAUAACGUCAUUCAUUUACUUUGGUAUCAGCAAGGGUUACAAA